AAACAAGUAUCAUCUGUUUAUUGUGUUAUCUUUACGUUAAGGACACUUUUAUCAUUUACAUAUUAGUACUACAGAGUUGUAUAGUGUAGUGAAAAUACAGCAGUUGUACGUAUACAUGUCGCGAUAAAAAUUAAAUUUCUAAAUCAACCAAGUAUCCAGUUUUUCAAGCAGUUUAUUACAAUGAAAAUUAAUAGACAAUUAUUGCCUGUUAAAGCACAUUUUCUUUUCUUUAUGGGAGCUAUGGGGCCGAUUUUACCUCAGCUCUCUGUAUACGGUAAAGAACUGGGCAUUUCUGCCAUGGUUAUGGGAAUUGUAACUGCAAUCUUACCAUUAUCUUUCAUCUUUUUCAAAUUUGCUUUUGGCGUUUUGGUGGACGCGUUUCAAGUAUACCGCAAGGUCAUUUUUAUAGCGAUCAUACUCGCCAUGAGUCUAUCAUUUUCGGCACUGUGCCUCGUACCGGCUGUAUAUCUCAGUAAUUUCGAAAUUAAAAACGUAACAUGUGGUUCACUAAAACAGUGCAACCUUUCCAUUUCAGUUGAGGAUAGUAAUCUUUCCAUGAGGAAUAUUAUAUGUUCUUGUGACAAUUCUACCAAGAACAGUAUCAGUACCCUCAAGGGGCUCAUUAGUUUGAGCCAAAAUUCUGACGUUUGUUUUUUUCGUAACUCGUCUUCGUUUUGUGAAUUUGAUUGCGAUUUGGAAUGCCGUGAAGAUCUUGACGUUGAAACUUCCAAAACAACUCCAAACGACGAGUUUGAUUCGACUUUUUGGUACUUUGUUCUCUUGAUGUCCGCUGGGACCAUUCUGUUUAAUGUUGUGAACUCGAUUAGCGACGCUGUUUGUUUCGAUAUGGUAGGUGACAGCCACGAUUACGGACAGCAACGGGUUUGGGGUACCAUCGGGUGGGGUUUUGCGGCAAUGGUCUCGGGGUUUGCGGUCGACUGGUGGUCACCGGGCCCGGCAAAAUCGUACACCCCAGCUCUCAUAGUCAUGACGAUAUUUAUAAUUCUCGACGUUAUUGCGUGUACCAAAUUGAAGUUACCCAAUAUCGACCCUCCAACUAAUAUCGUUAAAGAUUUGCGAGAAUUACUGUCCUCGACAAGUACAACUGCGUUUCUUGUUUUCGUGACGAUUGCUGGAGUCUUGGACGGGGUUUUGAUAUACUUCUUACUGUGGUACGUGGAAGAUUUGGCCCUGGAGGCGCAAACAGCUAAUGUGAAAGUUGUGGAAGGUUUCGUGGUUGCCGCAGAAACGUUGGGAACCGAAAUAUUAUUCUUUGCGAUCGCUGGUAAAAUUUUGGAUAAAAUUGGCUACCAAACUUGUAUGAGUCUUUGUUUUAUUAAUUACGGCGUAAGGUUCGGGUUGAUUGCUCUGGUACAGUCGCCAUGGUGGAUCGUCCCUGUGGAGUAUGUAAUGCAAGGACCCACCUAUGGCCUGAUGUAUUCCACUAUAGUCAGUUAUGCUAAUAAAAUUUCUCCACCCGGCAUGUCUGCCACAACGCAAGGUAUAGUAGCGGGGUUAGACGAUGGGGUUGGUUACUCCAUUGGUAGUUUACUCGGAGGGUUCUUGUAUAAAACAUUUGGUGGUAGAUGUUCCUUUAGUCUGUUUGCAAUAGGAUCAUUUUUGUGUGCUUUGGUUCACUUUUGCUUAUACAGAACCUGCCUGAAAGACAGCGAAAGAAGGUUGGAAUAUGUACCACCAUCAAGUGGGGUUGUUGCUGGUACCACGACGGAGAACAAGGAGGCAGACGACUUAAUAAAUUAAUCAAACGUAACACGACCCUUAUAUGCGCUGUACUCCAUUGUGCGCCUUUAAAUUUGGCCAAAAUAAAUAGCAAUUGAUAGACGAAAUUUGAG